AUGUUUGUUGUAGGCAAUAUCUAUGUCAUCACGGCGGUGGCCGUCAUUGGCGGUGCGCUGUUUGGUUUCGACAUCUCGUCGAUGUCAGCUAUCAUCGGCACGCCGGCGUAUAAGUGUUAUUUCAACCACGGACCUUCUGGUCCCCCUUUCAACGAUGACCUUCACUGCAGUGGUCUCGACUCCCUGUCUCAGGGUGGUGUUACGGCUGCUAUGCCCGCUGGUUCUUGGCUCGGUGCUUUGAUCUCCGGUUUUGUUUCGGAUCGUCUUGGUCGCAAGUAUGCGAUUAUGGUUGGUUGUGUCAUCUGGGUCAUUGGCUCCGUUAUUAUCUGUGCUUCCCAGAACAUGGGCAUGCUUAUUGCCGGGCGUAUCAUCAACGGUUUGAGUGUCGGAAUCGAGUCCGCUCAGGUUCCCGUCUAUAUCUCUGAGAUUGCGCCUCCUUCCAAGCGCGGUCGUCUCGUUGGUUCCCAGCAGUGGGCCAUCACCUGGGGUAUUCUCAUCAUGUACUACAUCUCCUUCGGUUGCUCUUUCAUCGGAGAAGGAAACAAUGCCACUUCCCAAAACUACAGCGAGUCGGUCUUCCGCAUCCCCUGGGGUGUUCAGAUGGUCCCCGCCGUUCUCCUCUUCCUUGGAAUGAUGAUUCUCCCCGAGUCUCCCCGUUGGUUGGCCCGCAAGGACCGCUGGGAGGAGUGCCAGUCCGUGCUUGCUCUGGUCCACAGCAAAGGCGACCGCAACAGUCCGUUCGUCGUCGCCGAGAUGCAAGAGAUCCGCGACAUGUGCGAGUUCGAGCGCCAGAAUAAGGACGUCACCUAUCUCGAGCUGCUCAAGCCCAACAUGAUCAACCGCACCAUGAUCGGUAUCUGGACUCAGAUUUGGUCCCAGCUGACCGGUAUGAACGUCAUGAUGUACUACAUCACCUACGUCUUCAACAUGGCCGGCUACGAGGGCGAUGCUACUCUCCUCGCUUCCUCCAUUCAGUACAUUAUCAACGUCAUCAUGACCGUCCCCGCGCUGAUCUGGGUGGAUCGAUGGGGCCGUCGUCCUACUCUCCUGAUCGGCGCCACCCUCAUGAUGAUCUGGAUGUUCGCCAACGCCGGUAUCAUGGGCAAGUACGGAGUGGUGGUGCCCGGUGGCAUCGACGGUGUGGCCGAGCAAUCGAUGCGUCUGAGCGGUGCCCCCGCUAAGGGCCUCAUUGCAUGCACCUACCUGUUCGUCGCCUCGUACGCCCCGACUUGGGGACCCGUUUCAUGGGUUUACCCUCCUGAGCUGUACCCUCUGCGGGUGCGUGGUAAGGCCGUCGCCUUGGCAACUUCGUUCAACUGGGCGUUCAACACGGCGCUUGGUCUGUUUGUGCCCACUGCCUUCGCCAACAUACGCUACCAGACUUACAUCAUUUUCGGUGUUUUCCUGGCCGCCAUGCUCGUCCACGUCUUCUUCCUGUUCCCCGAGACCGCCGGUAAGACUCUAGAGGAAACCGAGCAGAUCUUCGAGGACCCCAACGGUAUUCCUUACAUCGGUACCCCUGCCUGGAAGACCUCCACUUCCACCAAGCGCACUGCCGCUGCCGAGUCUGGUGACGUUGAAGUUAUCGGGGAGAAGAUGGCCGGUGAGAAGCGUGCUGCUUCCUACACCGAGGCUGUUAAGGCAUAG